UUAUCACUGCCUAGCUUCUGUUUGUGAGACUUUAAGCGAAACGGUGAAUUUAGUUUAGUGCUUAAAGAAUUUUUCUUGAUUGAAUAAUUAACAUUUAUUUGUUAUUUUCAAAUUAAAUAAGGAAACUGAUGCAUUUGCAAAUGAGGAAUUUUAGUUCAUUACAGUUUUUAUUUUAUACUUAUAGUUGUUUUCUUAAGUUAAUUUUUAAUCUUAAUUCUAAAUGAAUCAAUUUAAAUUUUGUUUAUUUUUAUUUAUCUUAACUUUAUGGUGCUAUGCAGCUCUAUGUUAAUGUUACACUGCCAUCUGCCUGGUUUUCUUUAGUAUUGUAAUCAGUUAUUAUUUUACAUUAUUUGAGCACUGAAAACUUAACAAAGCAAGCCUAGCAUAAUUAAUAACAACCUCAACAACCACCAGUUCUACUAAUAAAUAGAAAAUAGCCCACGUCCAUGUUGAAUUGAUAAUAAAAUAUAACAUACCACCCAAGUAAAAACAAUAGUAACAGAUUAUAUAUAAUUCAAAACAUUAUUUGUUUGUGUUUUGUUAACUACACUGACAACAAUGGCCGAGGAGAAUAUGGAUAUAGAGGGUGAGUAUGGGGACCAGGAUGAAUCGAUGUACCCCAUAUCGAUAAAGGAGUACUUUAUCCCAUGGUUUGUGCGAGUCAUGCAUGCGAUCCCACGUGUCGAUCUUUCGUUUGAAGCUGUCAAAUCAGAUUUUGAUUACAGUAGCCAUAAAUAUAAAGAGUCGAUAAUGUUCUGGAUAGCCAUUCCAAUCCUCUGGCUCUUACUCACUUUGUUCCUCUUCCUCAUGUACUUCUGCUACAGAUGUUGUCAGCAGGACCCGGCAAUUGGGAUUUACGGAAACGAGGAUACGAACAAAGGUGUGGAACAUGCAGUUGCUGCUGUGAAAGGAAUCAUGCUCACUGUUAAGAAGAUCAAAAUUAAGAUAAAUUCACUAACGGAGACAGUGAACACCAUGUUGAGCCAAAGUUUGGAAGAAUAUUUCAAGACUGGUCCCAAAAGUAGCGACAUGAUGACGAGGAAUGAGUUUGAAAACUCAGUGAAACAGGCCAGGGAGACAGCCAAAUCAUUCAAGAACAAGUUCACUGAGAACAUUCUUCAAAAGUUUCCAAAGGUGGAGUUUUGUGCAUUUGGCAUAUUUAGCCUGGUCCUCAGUGGUUUAUUCACUGGCAUCCAUCUUGGCGUCAGUGUGGGCAUCAGUGACGUAUGCAUCAAUCCUGACGUUGUUGUGGAACAUUACACAGCCGACCAUGUUGAACAAACCACGCUGGCUUACUACAUGAGAUGUGAUCACUACAAUGCCAUCAAUCCAUUCAAUAAGAUCUUCAUGGCUGCCAACGAUAUGAUGGUGCAGACAAAUUAUUCAUUGUUCCAAGCUAAGUUCAGAGCUCGAGAUUCCAAUAUGGCUGUCAAUCCUGCCAAUGAUCCUAGUGAGUUACUCUUCAAGUCGAUGCAAGCCGACCUGACCAAGCUGCAAGACAUCAUCAUCACGCUGACGUCAUUGGUCGACUGCACGAACGUUCACAAGGAUUAUGUCGAGCUACUAGAAGGUCUCUGCCAUAAAACUAUGAUGGGUGUGCUGUUGAUGUUGCUGUCAUCAUUAACAGUUGGACUUCUCUUCUCCCUCCUCGUCAUCAUCUCAUCAAAAACUUGGAGAGUCAUUGGACUGAGCGCUGACGAAGAUUCUUUGAAAUCCUACGUUGAUCAAGAUGAGGAAGAGACUGGACUUUUCAUUUCGUCACCACAUCAGCAGCAGCCAUCGUCAUCGUCACCUUCUUAUUAUGGAUACCCGAAAAGUAGGCCGCCGCCGCCGUCGGUGCCGCUGCAGCAACAGCAGCUGCAGCAGUCGAACAUAGCGUCAUAUAACAGGAGAACCACACCACCACCCGCUUACAACAGUAACGAGUUCUACAGACAAUACAGCAGCAGCAGCAACAACAACAACAACCUACCAAGUGGUUGUGUGGACAACAAUCUGAGCAGCAACCCACGCCUCGAGUACAACAUCCGAGAGUCUAAUACCUAAAUUAUUAUUUAUAACUAACUAUAAUAAUUAUAAUUAUAGUAAUCAUUAUUAUUAUACUAUUAAUUAUUACUACUUAUUAUUAUUUUUAAAUUUCAUAGAAAGGUUCAUGAGAAAUAUUUAUAUUUGUUUCUUGGUUGAAAUGAUUUUAAUUACUUUUCGCAUAUUUGCAAUGUUUAUUUCGAUCAUAAUUAUCAUUUACUAUGACCAUAAUUAUCAUUUAUCUUCGUAGUUUUUAUCAAAUUUUCACAUUUGUCUGAAGACAUGUUUCUUAUUAUCUCGAGAUGUCUUUUAUGAGAUGUUUUUAGUUUAAGAUGUUGGUUAUGAUAUUUUAUGAAGAUGAGAUGAUGAUAAUGAUGCUAGAAAAAGAAGAGGAAGAAGAAGAGAGAGAGAAAAAGAAGAAAAUGAUGGUGGUUUAUCUCAUUAACAAUUCCUAGCAGAAACAUUUCCUCAAUGGUCAAUGUAUUUUUGUUCUCAUAAAAACGAGCCGUUGAACAAAUAUUGUUAUAAAAUAAUAUUAUAACUAAUUAUAAAUUCGUGACUCCGUGUUUAACAUUAGUCAAGUUUGGUUGUUUGUGCAGCCAUGGUUCAUUCAGCUUAUAUUCGCUAUUUUUUGAUCUUAUAUGUGUUUCAUUUGUACAUAUCUUUGCACGGUGUGCGUGAGUGAGUGUUUGUGUGUGUGUGUGCGUGCGUGCGUGUGUGUGUGUACUUAUAUAAUCAAACAAAUAAUAAAAAUUGUUUGUGUUUUUGCAUUCAUUUUUUAGUCAAAAUGUAAAUGUCACCGAACAUGCGACAAAUCAAAGAAGGAGUAACUACAUACCUACAUGUCUUAUUCUCACCGUACUAAUUACUAUUCAUUUUGUUAAUGUUGUUGAAUUAAUUUCAAUGGUUCUUGCUAGUCUUAAUGUGUUUUACAGUUGUUUCAUGUAGACAUUAUGUAUGAUCUUUCAACUUAUUUAAAUGAACAAUUUCAUUGUUAGCAGUCAUUCGUUCGUUUCUUCAUUUUUUUGUACACUUUUCGUUCUUUCAAUAUAUCUGAAUGUUAUUUUAAUUAAGAUAUUUUAUAUUGUAACUUUUCGAUCAUGUCCUAGAUUAUUUGUGUGUGUGUGUGUGUGUGUGUGUGUGUGUGUGUGU